CUUCGUCUGGUUAACGGUAGCGUGUGCGCGAUCGUUUACGUAAUUUCGUGGUUUUCGUUUAUCCAGCAAAGUCUUUCGAGAAACAACGUUACGCACCCACCAGCCCUUCCCCUCUUUACCGAUCUAUCUCUUUGGCUUUGCCUCGUCGUUUUCUCCUCUUUGCUCUUUCGUGCGCACCUGUACGCUGUAUCGAUCAACGACGACAGUGGAAAACCCUACGGCAUGUACCAACGACUUUUGCUUUCUUCUUCGUGGAGAUUAAAAGUUUCGAGAUCAACGAGUGAGAUUAACAAGAGAAACGGACACCGAGAAGCGUAAAACGUCGAACGAGAACCGAUGAUAUUGCUCUAACACGAAACCACAAAAUACCAUAGCCACGUUACAUACGUAUCAUCGAAUUCUAUCGAGCUUGUAAUACGUUUUACAAAAUGAAAUUGUAAUAGUGUCGAAAUGUAAUAGUUAUCAAACGAAAAGCAUUUCAGUUAUCUUUGCGAUCGUUGCGAUUAGGUUUGAUCGCGAGUGCUGAGUGUUUUGGGAAUAUUUGAAAAUCCCAGUGAAGAGACAAUCGUAUCCGUUGAUUUACACACCUUCGUUUGGUGUGUUUUCCGUUUUUGGUUUGUUGCAUACAUUAACGGUAUAUGGAUGUUUCGGUCGAAGAGAAGAGGAACUUUUUGUACGUGGCCAGCUAAUCGAACGCAAAGUAUUAUUCGGGAGUGUCGGUACGCGUAUUUCAAAUUGAAUGUCUUCCUUCCGUGUCUACAACGUUUCUAUCGUCAUUUUGUUCGUCACCGUCGCGAUCGCCGUUCUUAGUAGAUUCCCUUUCGAUUCGUCCUUUCAUCUGUCGUACCUCCUUUCUUUCUAUUUGAUUUGAUUCGAGUAUGAAACAGGCUAUAAUUAUUACCACGUGCCUGUUGGGUUUCGUGUUUGCUGGAAGUCCUAGACUGCCGAGGACCUCUGCCGACGAGCGGAAUAUUCGCAAUGUCAGUAACAAUGGAAACAACACGAGCGGAAACAUGAUCCCGACGACACCUAUUCGUAAUCCUCAGCGAAACAGAGAACAGUACCUCUUCAACGUUUUCGAGGUAAUAGUUUCCACUCUGGAAUCGAAAUUGCAACGAAUCGAAAAUCUGGACAAAGCGGUGGAACAUUUGAUGAGAAGAGUCGAAGCUUUGGAUUCACGGGUAAACGACAAUAUCGACAAGACCGAUGCAGUAAUUACCAAACUUCGAACGCUGGAUCUGAAGCUUUUUAAUUCUCAGCCAAUGUUUUUGUCAACCGAUCGUGCCGUUUAUUCAACGAGACCACCAUCCAACGAUCAAAAUGACAGUGAAAUUGGAGGCGAUUCCCAGUCGCAUUCGUUGGACGAAACAUCCCCGACGCCGACGGAUCAAGCGAUUCACCAUGCUCGAAGAGAUCCAUCACCCGAGACUCUCGGUCAGAAAUUAUUGUCGCUCGAUCAGAAGGUGUCCGACAUAGACAAUAAAUUGGUCGACCUAAAAAAUCAAUUGGACAAUAACUUUUUACAAAAUGACGAUAUAAACGCCGAAGCAAGCGAGAAAAAACCAGUUAGCAUGAGCGUAAUUGAAAUCACAAAAGCGAUGAGCAACGAAGUAAUGAAUCACAUAACAAUCGAAAUUGAAAAUUUGAGACAAACUACAGGUAACAUGGAUAGAAAGUUGCAGUUUCACAUGAAUUUGGUCUCGGAUCAUUUGGAAAACGUCUUCAAUAUGAUGACGGAUGUACACGAUGCGAUACUUGUCAGAGGACAUGGAAAUGAAAAUGGAAAUGGAAAUGGAAACGGUCAACAAACAUUCAAUAUUACAACAACAACAACAACAACGGAAAUGCCACAGAAGCAAAGCAAGAUUGAUCGUCUCGUCGAACAGAUGUAUCCUAUGCUGACCGUUUCCGAAAAAAUGGAUCAAGUUUGGAGUGUCGUGGUUGGUACAAAAAGUUCCGUGGACGAUCUUUUGCCAAAGUCGGACGAGUUGCUUACGCAAACGCAAAGGCAGGAAAGAGCAAUUAGUGAAAUUCACGCGGAUCUGAGGUCAAAGACAAACAAGAUUAUCGAAAACUUGGAAGGAGUCGAGAAUAGGUUGAGGAAGCAAGAAGACGAUGUCGGUACUCUUGGCCAACGUCCAAUUCCAGCGGAACUAUUACUCGAUCCCACGAUCGAUCGACUCGUCGAAUACGAUUCGAGUAGAUACGUUGGAUUAUCGGAAGAUGUUCCAGCCGAAACCACCAUUUCACCGGUGACGCCAACUACCGUCGUUUCCUCGGUGUCGAUGUCGAUGUCUUCUUCGACUUCGUCCAACGUUAUACCAGUUAAUAAUUUAAACAUUUCCAAUAGCAUCAAUGGUUCCAGCAGCUUCCCGAAUUUCACCAGCAUCUCCGGGACGACAUCAUCUUCGUCGAGUACGCAAAGAUCUUGGACGAAAAAUCGGGGCGUGAUAUUUCCAAGUGUUAAAAACAAACCAAGUCCGGCGAAUUCGACUUUCACCACCGAUGCGUUUCUUAGUUAUAAGGACGUUAAGGGCUACUCUUGCGUCGAUUUAUUAAACGCAGGCAUGAGGGACAAUGGUGUCUAUUAUCUUCAAAUACGAGGUACCACCUACUGGUUCCUAAAAGUUUAUUGCGAACAAGACAUUGCCGAAGGAGGUUGGACGGUCAUUCAAAGAAGAGACGAUUUUGGAGAGCCAAGAGAAAAUUUCAAUCGGGAUUGGGCCGAUUAUAAGAACGGAUUCGGCGAUCCUGCCAGAGAGUUUUGGCUGGGUAACGAAAACAUAUACAUGCUAACGAAUAACGAAGAUUAUACGCUUCGAGUCGAGCUCGAAGAUUUCGAAGGAAACAAAAGGUACGCACAGUAUUCUCAUUUUAAAAUCUACUCGGAAGCAGAGUAUUACAAAUUAGAGAUCGAUGGCUACGAUGGAAAUGCUGGCGAUUCCUUAAACGAUCCCUGGUAUGGCUCAAACAAUAGUCCCUUCUCGACCUAUAACAGAGACAACGAUAGAUCAUCGUUAAAUUGUGCUUCCAUGCUAAAAGGUGGAUGGUGGUGGAAAUCAUGCGGACGCGGAUUGAACGGUCUUUACUUGAACGAUCCUCAAGAUCUAACCGCUCGGCAAGGUAUCGUAUGGUUCCGUUGGAGAGGUUGGGAUUACACGUUAAAACGAGCUACGAUGAUGAUUAAACCAAAAGGACUGACAGCCCCGGCGGUAUAGGUUAUCAAGAUUUCCUAGACGAAGCAAAUUCAUUAGAAACAUUGUACAAAUUACGUUAUCCGUAGCGUUUCGUACAACUGGUGCAAUUCUCCUCAACGACCAAAUAUAUAUGUAACAAGGAAAAAAAAGAAAAAAAAGAUACAACUUUGGAAGCACCAAACAAUUUCCUUUUAGAGAAUCGACAACAUUCUCGUCGUUCUACCUAACGCUAUUUUGUUUGGAAUUCCAACGUUGAAACAUAUUUAUUUUCAUCGAACGGUUCAACGGAGAUAGUUUUGCCAGAUUUUAAUUACUUGAAGUAAUUAAACGUGGUUAUUAAAUCUAGUAAUUUAUGUCCAUCAUUGGAAAAUGGCUAAAAGACGAGGCGUAACAAAUGCAUUGCAAUAUCCAUUCCGCAGAUCGGACAACAAAUAACUUUACCGUUUAACGUAACAUGGCUGUUACGUUGAACUCUAAUAUACAAAUGUAUAAUUCUUUUCGAUACGAUUAUUCGAUACAUUAACUCACAGAUUAUACCUCAGAAUCUUGAAAAGAGGAUGAAUCGAAUGGUUGAAAACGAAUGAGUGUAUGGAUGAAUGAUAACGCGCAUCUAUCGCAAAAUUAUCGACAUCGUUGUUAGUAAUAUUUAUACAUUAGAAAGCCGUAGAACUGUUUACACUUUACACGGAUUAGAAAUUACAGUUUGAUCACAAUAAAAACAACGAUGAUCAAAGUAGGCUUGUAAUGAACGGAAAUGCAUAUUAAGUGUGAAAAGUUUAGUAAUGUAAAUAAAUGUCCGAACAGUAUCCAAGCAACGUGUAAAAAGUAUUUUUUAAAUAUAAAAUAAAUGUAUCCUUUAUCAAACGAAAUGCAUCGUUUUAAUACUUUCAGUAUAUACGGAAACAAUGGUAAAAU